AUGCUCAUCACUCGCGGAUUCUCCUUGACAAACUUUGUCAUCGCGAGCUCAGCGUUGUGCUUCCAAGUUUGCGUUCUGUAUCCAUGGCACGAGAAACUCGACGAGGAAUUCCAGAACCUCAAGACUGAGCAUCUCCGCUUAUUGAAGGAGAGCGAGCAGGACAGACUGAAGGAGUUGAAAAGCAUCGAGGGGCGCUUGCGUGCGCUUUCGGGGCAAUAG